GUUGCCAAAAUGACAGAAAGUCUUGGUCGGACUGGACAAAAAGAAAUGAACGUCUUUUCCAUCAUGUCCAAGCUGGUCUUGGAUAUUCUUUGCGGUUGGCUGUAAUUAUACAUAGGUAUUUACUAAAGCCGUGUAAACUUUAAUUGGAAAAUCUAAGAAACUUCCAUGGGAGGGAAAGUUUGGAGCGAGGAGGAAUCGACGAAAUUCGCCAAAGGGAUCGACGUAUUGGAAAAUAUCUUUAGGCAACGCCUGAUACAUAAACCUUGGCUGAGGAUCGAUUGGAUUUUCAAAUUGACUUCACUUUACCGCCAACAAAAGCAGGUCCUAUCAGAUACUAAUGCUUCCGUUGACAAGGUUAUUCAAAAUCGUCGCCAAUCGCACAGACCAAAGGCGGAGAAGCACUUUGGCCAAUCAGAUUAUUCAGUGUCCACCAUUGACGAGGAUUCACGACCAAAGGAGAGAUUGGCCUUUCUGGAUUUAUUGAUGGUAAAGGCGUCGGAGGAGAAUUCUGAUAUGAAUGAUGAAGUAUUAAGAAAUGAAGUUUCUACCUUCAUGGCUGCGGGUCUCGAUUCAACAGCUGUCGCCUUUAACUGGUUCCUCUAUCUCAUCGCCAAGCAUCCCGAUCACCAGAAAUUGGUAACGGACGAAUUGGAUCUGAUUUUUGGCGAUUCCGAUCGACCGGUGACGGCGCAGGACUUGACUCGGCUCAAAUAUUUGGAGUGUUGCAUCAAGGAAACAUUGAGGUUGUAUCCACCUUUUCCGGCGGUAUCACGAUACCUAUCGGAGGACGUUCAAUCAGGUGGUUAUACCCUACCAAGAGGUCUGACAGUUGUCAUCAAUAUUUUCGCUGCCCACCAUGACCCUACGGUUUUCUCAGAUCCGGAUGCAUUCAAGCCGGAGCGAUUCCUUCCGGAGAACAGCUUCGACCGACAUCCGUACGCCUUUAUUCCAUUCAGCGCUGGACCCCGCAAUUGCAUCGCCCAAAAAUACGCCAUGAUGGAGCUGAAAGUUUGUUUGGCGAACAUUUUACGACGAUUGAAAUUUUCUCUUGUUGAUCCGUCGGCUCCGCUAGAAAUUCCUUCCCCUCAGCUUUUGCUUAAACCGAAGGAUGGCAAAUGUAACCUCAUCGUUUCUAAGAGAUUGGACAUUUCCUAAUGGAAUGUAUUCACACAUGUGACAUUUACACUUCAGCCGUUUAUUGGGUUGGAAAACGAAAGUGUUUCAAGCAUGUUUAACUUGUUUGGAAAUCUAAUGCAAGUACGAAUGUCAGAAGUCAAGCACAUAUUGUAUAAGAACCAACACGAUUUCUCUUUCUCAGAUCAGAUGGAACUAAUAAUCCCGAUAUUUAAAUUUGCGAUAGCUUAUAGGAAUAAUAAUAACC